CGAACUGCUGCAGCGCUGCCUUUGGGUUACUGAGGGCAGCCGGGGGUGUGCCGGAGCCAUUGCUGGGCUGCUCGGCAGGGCAGGAGGCGUUCAAGUGAGUUGUGGUUGGAUGAAAGGCGCCAGGCGUUAUGAACAAUAAAAGCUGAUUAUAUAUUGGCCUGCCACGGAAAGCAAAAUAUAACUUUUAAGGUUUCUGUAGCACACAUAAACACAGAAACGUUCUCUGGUCUUCAAGGUGUUCUGCGUGUGCAGCUUCAGGAAUCCGAGGCAAUGGGGGUUUGUUUCCCAUUCUGAGAAUGGGAAGCCCCUUACACGAGCUCAGCUCACCGUUGGAACGCUGCAUGCUUUCCCUUGGUUUGCAUAGAACACAGCAAUACUUCCUGGCCCUCCCUGCCAGCCUCACACCUGUGUGAACAGACUGGGAUAAAUAGGCUGUGCCCCUCAUCACAGCUUCUGCUGGUGAACCAGAACUAUAAAUCAGCGUAUAAACUUAAAGCCUUGUAGAAUGGCACCUCAGCACCCGGCUGGUCGUAGGCUGAAGGAAAUGCCCUCUUGUGCUUCUCAAUGCUUACGCCUGAGCUGCAGUGAUCUUGUGGAUGAAGACAGAACUUCUUGGACCCAUUACACUCCUGUACUCUUGUGGUUCCGCACAUGCUAAUGUUCAUAUGCAAUUUCAGGCCCCAGAGGCAGUAUGACUGCAAUGACUGUAUUUUUUCCUUUGGAUACAGCUAGGCUUAGACUUCAGGUUGAUGAGAAGCGAAAGUCCAAAACGACACCAGCAGUUUUAUUGGAAAUCAUCAAAGAAGAAGGCCUGUUGGCACCAUAUCGAGGGUGGUUCCCUGUCAUCUCCAGCCUUUGCUGCUCCAAUUUUGUUUACUUUUAUACCUUUAAUAGUCUCAAAACUCUUUGGGUCAAAGGUCAGCAUUCAACCACUGGCAAAGACCUGGUUCUUGGGGUUGUUGCAGGUGUUGUGAAUGUACUCCUGACCACUCCUCUCUGGGUAGUGAACACACGGCUGAAGCUGCAAGGAGCAAAAUUUAGAAACGAAGACGUUGUGCCGACCAAUUAUAAAGGCAUCAUAGGUGAGCAUCUGUUGUCCUCAAACAAGGAGGAGCUCCUGCAGUGAAAUCCCACAGCAAGGACUCUGAAGAUGAAAGACUCCUAUUUGUAUAACAGAUCUCCUUGUGGAAUCUCUGUACUCCCUUAUCCCUUUGCAGUUAUGCAGUUUGACGGGAACCUGGACUGUGCCACCUUCGAUGGUAACUGAGAGUUUGGUCUGCGCACAUGUAACCCCAAGGCUUUCUGCAAAAGCACACGACAUCUUAUCCAAAUCCUGCAGGAGCCCAGUGAGCCCAGCAGUGUGCUAGCUGGGAGGUCUGCCUCUGGACAGACCACUUGCCAAUUUACUUUUUACUCACUGUCAUCUCUAACCCACCCACGCCUUCAGGCUGCCUUGCUCUGUACGGAAAGAAGAAGGUUGUUGGGAAGAGGGUUCAGAAACUUAACAUUGAUUCUGAGCUUGAAGUAGAAAGAUGAAGGCACCUGCAUGGCUGGCAAGCUUUACUCACGCUAAGAGCGGUGUGAGGAAGAACCUCCUCUGUCACUGUUUUGCCAUUAACUUCCCGUUUAGAAGAA